AUGAGAAAAUUGAGCAUAGUGACAUUAUUGUCUCUUGCACUAUCAGUCUAAUCUAGUAGUAACUUUAAAGAUACUCUGAACUCGUUCUUGCAUAAAGACCAAGUCCAAGGCAAAGAUAAAAAGUUCUAGGAAAAAGGGCCUGAUCAUCUAUACGUUCACUUGAUUCCUCAUACCCAUGAUGAUGUUGGAUGGCUAAAAACAGUUGAUGAGUACUUCGCUGGGUCUAGAUAUGAUAUUCAAAUUGGCAAUGUGGAGUUGAUCUUGGACACAACUAUUGAUGCACUUUUAGAAAACCCUGAUAGGAAAUUCAGCUACGUUGAAAUGAAAUUCCUCACAAUGUGGUGGAAAGGUCAAACUGAACAAAGAAAAGACGAUGUGAGGAAGCUUGUUAAAGAAGGAAGACUUGAAUUCUUAAACGGAGGCUGGUCAAUGCAUGAUGAAGCCUGCACUCAUUAUGAAGAUAUGAUCAAUAAUAUGCUGAUUGGGAACUAAUUCUUACUCGAUGAAUUCGGAGUCAAGCCGAGAAUAGCCUGGCACAUUGAUCCUUUCGGUCACAGUAGUGCUAAUGUAAGACUAUUCGCUGAUAUGGGAUUUGAGGCCUGGUUCUUCUCUAGACUAGAUUACUAAGAUAGAGAUAGGAGGUUAAAAGAUAAGGAAAUGGAAUUUAUCUGGAGACCGUUUUUCGAUCACUUCGGCUCAACUAAAUAGGUUUUUACUCAUUCACUGUACUACGGGUACAGGUCACCUCCAGACUUUGAUUAUGAUAGUGACUCUACUGAUGAUCCCUUUGUAGACGAUCCAGAUUUGUCCACAUUUAAUGCUGAUGUUAAGUCUGCUUAGUUUAUGCAAUGGGUUACUUAAGUGAGUGCAAAUUAUGCAACAAACCACAUAAUGUAAGUAAUGGGGGAAGAUUUCAAGUAUGCUAAUGCCAAAAGGAAUUUCAAGUCUAUGGAUAGACUAAUCAAGUACUUCAACAAUAGAUACAGCAAUGUCACUCUAUUGUAUUCCACUCCUAGUUAAUAUAUCAAUGCUUUAAACAAGUUGGACAGGAAGUGGCCAACUAAGUACGACGAUAUGUUCCCAUAUGCUGAUAGGAAUGAUUCUUUCUGGACUGGAUAUUUUUCUAGCAGAGCGAACGACAAAGAAUUUAUAAGAAAAGGCAGUCACUAGACUCAUGCAUCGAUGAAACUAUAUAGUGUUGAAGUAGUUAACGAGGAUGUAGAUCAAGUUAGAGUAAAUAAUGUUCUAGCUUAAAAGGAUCAGAUGCUCGAUGUCAUGGGUAUCAGUUAGCAUCAUGAUGCUGCUCCUGGUACUGGAAAGUAAGCAGUAGCAAACAACUAUGCUAAAAGAAUGGCUUCCUCAAUUGAAAGUAACAACCAGCUAUUCUCUAAGAUUAUUGGAGAAGCUGCUUAAGCCUUGGCUGGAGUAAAUGCUAAUCAAGAUUGGGAGUGGUGCUUUAGAGAGAAUAAUACGUACCUAGAAUGUCCAAUCUCCAAACAUUCUACAGAUAGCAAGUUAAACAUGGUUGUCGGUGUUUAUAAUCCGUCUGCAUUGACAUAAAAUAUAGUCAGCAUUGCUGUUCCUCAUGCCAACAUUGAUGUCAAAAGAUUCAAUUAAACUUAAAGUAAGAUGGUCUUUGAGAAUGCAAAUGCUGCUGUUAUCUGCGAAGAUGAGACUCAAGAGGAUGGAUCAACUGUUAAGAACUGCUGGCUCUAUGUAGAAAGUGAGAUUGAUGGGCACUAAGUUGGACUUAUAACUAUUGUUUAUGAUGCUGAAGCAAAUCUUGAAGUACAAAAAUAAACAUAAGGGGAUAUUACUAUUGAAAAUCAGUAUGAAAGUCUAACCUAUGGAGGAUAUGCUUAAGAUAUAGGUGCAGAAUUCUCUCUAGAGAAGAAAGAAUAUGAACAAGAAUUUACUUUAUCUUUCGACCUAAGAUACUGGCCAUCCUAUCAAGGGACAGGUAGAUAAGUUAGCGGAGUAUACAUAUUUGCCCCAGAUUCAUUUACUCCAGACUCCCUAAGCUACAGCAAGAUUGAUUCAGUUUACUUUAUGAAGUCAGAUGUUAUUCAGCAAAUAACACUAGUAUACAACGACCCUGAAAGCAAACAAAGAGCAACUGUUAAAAUCAGACUCUACAAAUAUUCGAGAACUUCAGAGUGGAAUGUUAAAACUGAGUCGAUUCCAUUAACAACUUAAGGAUAGGAGGUUACAGUCAACUUCAGAAUAGUAGAUUUAGAUAAUAACAGCACUUUUUACACUGACUCUAAUGCUCUCGAGAUGCAAAAGAGAGUGCUAAACUACAGACCUACUUGGAAUUUCUCUAACUUUGACAGCGUCACUCCAAACUACUAUCCCAUUAAUUCCGCCAUUGCUGUAAGAGACGCUAAAUAGCAAACUUAAAUGACUGUCAUGAACUCUAGGCCUUAAGGAGGGUCUGUCCUGAAACCAGGUAGGAUUGAGUUAAUGCAUAACAGAAGAAUGUAUGUUGACGAUCGUAGAGGAAUGGGAGAACCACUUAAUGAGACAAACCAGUACGAUUAAGGCAUAUGGGUGACAAGCAAUUACUACCUUCAUGUGUUUAAUAUGAGCCAUGAGCAUUCAGCUUAGAGAGCAAAGUAAGUUCACCAAGACGAGCCCCUCUAGUACUUCUUCAACUUUAACUACAACUUAAAUCCAAAGUUGAUUGACCCAGAUAUGAAGAGACUGCCAAGCGGCAAAGAGCUCAGAGAUUAGUUUGGAUUCCCUGAAACUGGAAAAAUUGAGAUAUUUCCGAUGUCUAGAAGCUCUGUAAUCCUUAGACUUGAAAACAUAGCUGACAAAUUUGACUUAGCUCAGAAUUAGAGCUAAAAGGUGCCAUACCUUUAGAUUGAUGAAAUGGCCAAAACUAUCUUUAGACUUGCUAACAAUGGAGAGGAAGUAUCAUAAGUUAUCAUCAGUGAGACUUCUUUAUUGGGUACAGAACUGUAUUCUUAUAUGCAGAGUGAUAAAAUCUAGUGGAAAGGUGUUGAUGAUGAUUUUAUUAAGCAGCCAGUUUAACCUAGUGACAUAAGUACUUAUAAUAUUGCUCUUGAAGCCCAAAGAAUUAGAACAUUCUACAUUUAAUUCUUAGUCUACGACGAGAUUAUCUAAUGA